AUGUCUUUCAUCAGGUCCACCGCCCUCCGCGCAUCUUCCGUCGCACGCGCCGCUCGCCCGGCCAUCCGUGUCGCCCAGCCUCUCCGCCAGAGCAUCCAGCGCAGGACAUAUGCCAGUGGUCACGGCCACGGCGAGGCCAAGAGCAGUGAUGUUCCAUGGAUGGCCGCAGCUGUUGCUUCGACCGUCGGUGGUCUCUACGUCAUUUUGACCCAGGACUUGAGCCACGGCAGUCAUGACGAGCACGCUGACCACGAGGAGAAGCACGAGGAGGCACCCGAGGAGGAGGCGCCUGCUGAGGAGGAGGAGGAGGAGGCUACCGACCAGACCAACGUUGAGGUACCCAAGGUGGAGAAGUCGGAUGCCAACGCCGAGGACUCGGCCAAGGAUGAGUCGGAGAAGACUGACAACAAGGAAGAGGGCACCCACUCCGAGUCCCGUGAGAAGAAGGCCGAGGACAAGAAGGCCGAGCACAAGGAGGAGAAGGCACAAGCCAGCCAGGAAAAGGUUGACAACGAGAACGAGGCUUCUCCUGACAAGUCUGACAAGCCCAACCCCCGCAAGGAGCCCAAGAGCUUCAACGAGAUGUCCGGCAAGCAGCAGGGCAUGUCCAACGACGACACCCACCACACGUCGCAGAUCUCCAAGCAGCCCGAGAAGUCCAAGAAGGGCGAGGGUGUUGCCGAGACCGCUAAGCUCAAGGGUACCGUCUCCACCGACCGACCUGGUGCUGAGAACAAGGAGGAGCGCGGCAAGGCCUCCAUGGACAAGGACGCGUAA